GCUGCUCCCCGGCGGAGGCAAGAGGUGGUUGGGGGGGACCAUGGCUGACGUUUUCUCGGCCAACGACUCCACGACGCCUCUGGACGUGGCCAACCGCUUCGCCCGCAAAGGGGCGCUGAGGCAGAAGAACGUGCACGAGGUGAAGGACCACAAAUUCAUCGCCCGCUUCUUCAAGCAGCCCACCUUCUGCAGCCACUGCACCGACUUCAUCUGGGGGUUUGGGAAACAAGGUUUCCAGUGCCAAGUUUGCUGUUUUGUGGUUCACAAGAGGUGCCAUGAAUUCGUUACUUUUUCUUGUCCGGGUGCGGACAAGGGACCCGACACCGAUGACCCCCGGAGCAAGCACAAGUUCAAAAUCCACACCUAUGGAAGCCCCACCUUCUGUGACCACUGCGGGUCGCUGCUGUACGGGCUCAUCCACCAGGGGAUGAAAUGCGACACCUGCGAUAUGAAUGUGCACAAGCAGUGUGUGAUCAACGUGCCCAGCCUCUGUGGGAUGGACCACACAGAGAAGAGGGGCCGGAUCUACCUGAAGGCGGAGGUCACCGACGAAAAGCUCCACGUCACAGUACAAGAUGCGAAAAAUCUAAUCCCCAUGGACCCAAAUGGACUUUCAGACCCGUACGUGAAGCUCAAGCUCAUUCCUGAUCCCAAGAAUGAAAGCAAACAGAAAACCAAAACCAUCCGCUCCACACUAAACCCCCAGUGGAACGAGUCCUUCACGUUCAAAUUGAAACCUUCAGAUAAAGACCGGCGGCUGUCCAUAGAAAUCUGGGACUGGGACCGGACGACAAGGAACGACUUCAUGGGGUCGCUUUCCUUCGGCGUUUCGGAGCUGAUGAAGAUGCCGGCCAGUGGAUGGUACAAGCUGCUGAACCAAGAAGAAGGGGAGUACUACAACGUGCCCAUUCCAGAAGGGGACGAGGAGGGGAACGCGGAGCUCAGGCAGAAGUUCGAGAAAGCCAAGCUUGGCCCUGCUGGGAACAGAGCAUACGGCCCCUCGCCAGACAGGAGACUUUCCAACAACCUGGACCGCGUGAAGCUCACCGACUUCAAUUUCCUCAUGGUGCUGGGGAAGGGGAGUUUUGGAAAGGUGAUGCUGGCGGACAGGAAGGGCACAGAAGAGCUCUACGCCAUCAAAAUCCUGAAGAAGGAUGUGGUGAUCCAGGACGACGACGUGGAGUGCACCAUGGUGGAGAAGCGCGUGCUGGCCCUGCUGGACAAGCCCCCGUUCCUGACGCAGCUGCACUCCUGCUUCCAGACCGUGGAUCGGCUGUACUUCGUCAUGGAAUACGUCAACGGCGGGGACCUCAUGUACCACAUCCAGCAAGUAGGAAAAUUUAAGGAGCCACAAGCAGUAUUCUAUGCAGCAGAGAUUUCCAUUGGACUGUUCUUCCUUCAUAAACGAGGAAUCAUUUAUAGGGACCUGAAGUUAGACAACGUCAUGCUGGACUCGGAGGGGCACAUCAAGAUCGCCGACUUCGGGAUGUGCAAGGAGCACAUGAUGGACGGCGUCACGACCAGAACCUUCUGUGGGACCCCAGAUUAUAUCGCCCCGGAGAUAAUCGCUUAUCAGCCGUACGGGAAGUCCGUGGACUGGUGGGCCUAUGGCGUCCUGUUAUAUGAAAUGCUGGCUGGGCAGCCUCCGUUCGACGGCGAGGAUGAGGACGAACUCUUUCAGUCUAUAAUGGAGCACAACGUUUCUUACCCCAAAUCCUUGUCCAAGGAGGCCGUCUCCAUCUGCAAAGGACUGAUGACCAAGCACCCGGGCAAGCGGCUGGGCUGCGGGCCCGAGGGCGAGCGGGACGUGCGCGAACACGCCUUCUUCCGGAGGAUCGACUGGGAGAAGCUGGAGAACAGGGAGAUCCAGCCGCCCUUCAAGCCCAAAGUGUGUGGCAAAGGCGCAGAAAACUUCGACAAGUUCUUCACACGCGGGCAGCCCGUCCUAACUCCUCCCGACCAGCUGGUCAUCGCUAACAUCGACCAGGCUGAUUUCGAAGGGUUCUCGUAUGUCAACCCCCAGUUUGUGCACCCCAUCUUACAGAGCCCAGUAUGA